AUGUGACAACAAGCCUUUUGGAUGCUUGGGGAAGCCCCAAAAGGCCACAGUGUCUGGCCUCCUCCACUGGGGACACACAUCUGAAUGUGGUGGGAGAAAGGAGCCCCAUCCCAUCGUGUGCUUUCUCAGGGCACAGAGAAGAUUUGCUGGACAACAACACUGACAGGGCCUGGGUGCUGGUCCCAUUCUGCCAUGCAGUCAGGCUCUGUCUGCAGCUGCUGACAGGCCAGGAAUUCCUUUCCCAGCCUCUCAGCUCUUGCAUGCACAUAUCAGACAGGGCAAAAUGGCCUCAGAGAAAGAAGAUUUGGCAGAAAGCAGCUCCUCUUCCCCUGCUGCCAGCACCAUCCAGGUGUCCCGGGCUGCACGUCCAGGUGCUUCAGAGAACCUAAGGGCAGAAGACAGUAACUCUGAGGUGCACUCUAUCGAAGAGUCCAUCAGCUCGGCCAGCCAUACUCAAGCAGAGCAAGCUGGAUCCCACUCAGCAGAAAGAGGUCAGCAUAAUUCCCCAGGACACCAGCGCCGCAAGUCUUACAGUAGAAGCUGCAAUGGUAGCCGUGGUGGCAGCCGUGGGGGCAGCCGUGGCAGGGCCCAAGUGAAGAGCCGAAGCAGGUAUCCAAGGAGGCAUCACGAUGGCCAUGCCAGGGUCCAGCAGGCCCAAAGGUACAAUCACUCAAGCAGCAGGAGACGGCGGCAGAGCAGGGCUCGGAGCGCUGCUCGUGACAAGCACCAAAGGACCGAAGGGCAUGCCCGUGCUCUCUCAGGGAGGCGUACGCGCCGUAGGCAGGAAUACCAGGUUUCUUUCAUAGAACCGAGGGCAGUAAGGAGCCGAUCCCGGCAGAGGUCACGCAGAUCUUCCAGCCAAACACUGAGGGAGUAUCUAAGGGAGAUGGAACGCGAUGAGGGACGAGCUCUAAGGCAUGACUGCUACAUCCGUGCGUCUUCAGGGAGGAGCAGGUGCCAACAGCGAGGACGCCGGCUUUCUUACAGAGAACGGCAGGUGACAAGGAGCCGAACCCCAGGGAGGCUCCGCAGCACACUGCCUCUGAAGGACAAUCCAAGGAGGACAGAAUGCUAUGAGAGACAGAUUGAACAGGGCAUUCAUGCCUCCCCAAGGCGGAGUGAGCGCCUUCAGCAAGGACAUCAGGUUUCUUUGAUCGAACCACAGGUGUCAAGGAGCCAAUCCCAGGGGAGGUCCCGCAGCACACAGCGCCAAACACUGCGGGAGAAUCUAAGGAGGAUGGAACGUGACAUCCUAACCUCCAUGGAGUUGAGUCAGCGCCAUCAGCGGAGACGCCAGACUGGUUUCACUGAAUCACAGGUGGCAAAGAAGUGAUCCCCAUGGAGGUCCCGCAGCCAUGCUGGGCACAAGCCUGGUAGCACACACUACCAACAAGGGAAGUACUGAAUGCCCCGAUACCAGUGUCAGGAAUUAUACUACUUUAGACAAAAACACCCCCUACUAACAAUUGUAAAAAUAAAGUCAAAUCAAAUACUCAA